UGAUGAUGAUGUAAAUGAAAUGAAAAAAAUUGAUGAAAAAAAUGAUAAUAAUAAACCAUUAUCAUCAUCGAUCAAUAUUCAACAUAUUGGUAGUCCAGAUCAAUUGCUAUCAUCACAAGCAAUAUCGACAACUACAACUAUUAAUCCACGAUUACCAACACCGAAAAAUAUUAGACUUAUUUGCCGUAGACAUAUGGCACAUUUGUCUUGGCCAUAUAAUAAACAGCCAGAUUAUAUAAGCAAUGUUGAUAAUCCAGUUCAUUUUAUUGUUUAUAAACGUUUCAAUGACCAAUAUUCAAAUAUGGAUGAAAAUGGUGAAUCAGAAUGGGAAAAAUUGGAUUUUAUUGAACCAAUACGUCGAAAUCAAUUAAAUGUACAGCCAAUAUAUCCAUCAAGUAGUUAUUCAUUUAAAAUCCAAGCAAUUUGGAAGAAUAAUAAAGGCAUAACAAUUACAAGUGAAAAUUCUACUAUUGAAACAUGUCGAUCAAAAAAUGAUGUACCAAUACGUAAUCCAAUAAUAUUAUCAGCAUAUCGUUGUGCUGAAUCUAAUACUACAACGGUAGUUUGGGAACCAUUACAACGUUAUGAAUACGGUGGACCGGAUUUUCGUUAUAAAAUUAUAGCAAUAGCUGCAAAUAAUUCAUCAAAAACUAUUGGACCAUUCUAUACGAAUGAUACAACACUUGCAAUCGAAAAUCUGGAUACAUCAAUCGAAUGGUUAGUUAAUGUACAAUCUCGUAAUCAAUAUGGUGAAUCAUAUGAUAAACCGCAAAAAUUUUUGGCCAAUUUACCUGAAUCAAUGCCAAUUGCAUGGCCAGAAAAUCUGAAUGCAACCGUUAUUGAUGGUGAUACAGUACGUUUUGAAUGGAAACCGGUUCCAAUUAAAUAUGUAAAAGGAAAUUUCAAAGGCUAUAUAUUGCGAAUAAAAUCGAUAAAUAAUCCGGAUACAAUUAUUGAACAUUCAAUCAAUCAAAAUAUAUCGUCAAUAAUAAUGGAUCAAUUCACACCGAAUACAACAUACAAUGUAUCGAUUGCCGUUCGUAAUCAAGGUUUUAUUGGUCCAUUCACUAAAAAUCAAGUGUUAUUCACUACAAAACAAUACAUUAGGCCACCAAAACCAACAUUGAUGCCCACAUUUUAUUGUCAACAAACAUAUAGUGGCACAUUGGAACAUAAUAUGGAACUAAUAUUUGAAUCAAAUGGUGCAACAAAUAUUAAUUAUACAAUUGAUAUUUGUAUUAGACCAUUACAUUCAAUAGAAUCGGAAAGUUUUGAUGAAUAUUGUAUGAAACAAAAAUCGUUAAAACAUAAUGAUAUGGAACAAUAUCAUCCAAAUGGUAGAAAUAGUAUUAAAUAUCAAUUCAAUAAUGAAGAAAUUGAUUCAGAAAUACUUAUUAGUGCACGUUCAAUCAAUGGUACUGAAUUUAUUGAUAGUGAUAUACAAAAAAUGAAUAAAACUCAAUUUGAUUGGAAUGAAACCUGUAAAGCACAUAUUAUUACAACACCAACUACAACAACAACAACAACAACAACGACGACGACAACAACGACAACACCGACAACGAUAACAACAACAAUGAUUCCAUUACUAUCAAAUAGCAACAAUAUUCGUACAUUUAAUGAUGAUGAUUUACAAAAUAUCGAAACAAUCAAUACAAUCGAUACUGUUGACAAUAAUGAAAAUAAUAAAUCAACAACAACAACAACAACAACAGCAUCAAGUCAAUUAAAUUCAACAGUAUCAAUAUCGAUAUUAAUCGGUUUAUUAUUGAUGAUUACUAUUGCAAUAUUUUUAACUUAUCAUUAUAGAGAGAAUUUAUUCAAUAAAAAUAAACAACAACGACGAUCAUUUACAAUGGAUGAAGUAAUAAGAAAUAAUAAUAAUAAAAGUAGACCAAAUCAAUAUAUUGAAAUACGGCCACGUUCAUCAACCGAAAUGACGGCAACAAAUGAAAUAACACCGACACCGACACCGACAACGACGACGAUGACAGCAGCGACAACAACAACAACAACAACAACAAUGGCAUCGGUUGAUGAAAUAGAAGAGGAAGAAAGUCCAUAUUCACAGAUAAUAACAUCACCAUCUACAAGAAUGGCCAAUAAUCAACAAUCAUCUGAUCCAACAAGCCGAUUAUUAACAUCAUCAUCAAGAAAUCGUAAUCAUAAUAAUAACCGUCAAAUGGAUACAGAUGACGAUGAUGAUGAACGUAGUCCAUAUCGUCCAACAUGA